AUGCUCCCCUACAUCUUACCGACGAAUGAUCUUCUCCGUCCGGUUCUACUACACCAUGAUCUCCAUGCGGAGAACAUCUUCAUCGAUGAUGCCGAUCCAAGCAAGGUGUUCAGUAUAAUUGACUGGCAGGCAUUGUAUGCCUCUCCCCUGUUUUUGCAAGCAAGAUUUCCAUCUGUUUUUGAUAGCGACGACCCAUACCCCUGGGGUGCAGUCCAACCCAAACGACCAGAGAACUUCGAUACAAGACAGGUCGAAGAGACGCUGGAUAGGAUCCGGCUGAAGAAAUUCUAUGAAUUGGCGACAAGGAAAUUCAAUCCGCUUCUCGUUAAAGUUAUGGAUGCCAUGAGACGUGACGACGACCCGACUACAUUUAUCUUCUAUAUUGUCGGCCAGUCCUCGAUCAAUGGCCCGAUACCGCUCCAGGAACUCCUCGUGCAAAUACACGAGAAAUGGUACUACUUAUCUACACAACGCGGCUUGAGCAUCCCGUGCCCCAUUUCAUCUUCUCGGGAGGAUAUCGACCGCACUCGACGGCAGGCAAACACCUGGGCUGAUGCUUACAACGAGUUUGACAGCCUCCGAACCCAGCUUCUUGGAUAUGAUGGCUGGGUCUCUCAUGAAGAGUACGAGGAAGCCAAGCGCCGGUGGGAAGAUAGCAGGACUACGCUGGAAUCGCUUCGACAGAAACUGGAACAGCUAUUACGAUAUGUAUAG